AUGACACCCAUGACAGAAACGAGCCGAGUAGCCGACCUCGCGUCCCGUACCCCGCCAACAUGGCAGUACCGUUUUCGAUUACGGGACAAACAUGAUGGUUUCAACAAUCUACCUUCUGACUGUCGGACUAUAUUACAAACACCUUCUAGUGCUUCAAAACAUAUUCGUAAAGUUGAACCUGGUCUCUACCAUCAUUUUGGAUUAGCUAAUGGUAUUAAAUUGAAUUUACCCGCAAACAUUGAUGAAGUAAAAAUUGCAAUAGGUAUAGAUGGAUUACCAAUUUCUAAAAGUAGUAGUAAUCAGUUUUGGCCAAUUUUAGCCUACAUUGAAGUUGAGUCUCCAUUACCAAAACACGUAUUUUUAGUAGGACUUUAUUAUGGUACAGAAAAACCACAUUGUAGCAAUGAUUUUCUGUUAGAUUUUACAGUAGAAGCUAAUGAACUUACAGCCAAUGGCAUUAUGAUAAAUUCUGUUCAAAUUAAUGUCAUAAUUGAUGUUUUUUGUUGUGAUUCCCCUGCUAAAAGCUUUAUCUUGAAAGUCAAAGGUCAUAGUGGAUUUUCUUCUUGUACUCGAUGCAACAUUGAAGGUGAAUACAUAGAUCGUAGACCUAGAUUAUUUACACCUUGUAAAUAUUGGUGUAAUGAAGAAAUUGUUAAUGCUUUGGGUAAAUAA